CGACGCCCCCGUUGUCAUCGUCCUCGUCGGCCCGACUGGGGCGCGGCUGGUGCGGCGAUGUGGUGGGGCGAGGGCUUCGGAGAGUGGAAGACGCUAGUCUGGGAGCUGCUGGGCGCUUCGGUGCUGGUGCUGUUGGUCCGCUGCCUCGUCCGCCUUCGGGAACAGUGGCCGCGGGUGCCCUACCGCGGUAGCCACAGCUUCUCCCUUGGCCCUGUCCAGGGCUUCCAACCUUUCCCUGACUCCAGCCCCUGCCCCAAGCCCGGCCCUGACCUGGACCCCAGCCCCGACCCCGGCCUGGACCCCGACCCCGCAGCCCUGUCUGUGACUGACCUCCACUCAGGUAAACUAUCAAUGGAUAUUAUUUUGGCCAGAUUGAAAGAUUUGAAUUCCGAUGAUCUUAGAGAAGAAAUUAUCAAAGCAGGACUCAAGUGUGGGCCUAUUACUUCAACAACAAGAUUCAUUUUUGAAAAAAAACUAGCUCAAGCUUUACUGAAACAACAAGGAGGAAUUGAGGGAGUUUUUUUAUCCCCUCCAUAUCAAGCUUCAGAAAAUGUUGCUGUUAAUCAAAUAGGAACAAAACAGACUUUACAAUCUACUAUUGUAAACCCAGUGAAGCAUACCAGUUUAUCUGAAGACAGAGAUUUUGGAUAUAAUAUGGGUUUGAAUCCUCCAGAAGAGGAUGCUUUAAUUCAUAAGUCCUGUUCUGUACCAGUCAGUGGAAUGGUCCACACUGAUUCACAGAAAGAUAUCUCAGUGCCAUCCAAAGAUCCUCCUCUGUACUAUGGAGUAUGUCCAGUUUAUGAAGACAUCUUAACACGAAAUGAAAGGAUUCAUGUUUAUGAGGACAAGAAGGAAGCUUUGCAAGCUGUCAAAAUGAUCAAAGGGUCUCGAUUUAAAGCUUUUUCAAACAGAGAAGAUGCUGAGAAAUUUGCUAAAGGAAUCUGUGAUUAUUUUCCAUCCCCAAGCAAAACUAGCUUUCCUCUCUCUCCAGUGAAAACAGUACCAUUUUUUAAUCGAGAUGGUUUAUGCUCACCUGAAUCAGAAUCAAUGAACAAAGAACGAGCAAACAGUUUUAAAAGUCCUCGUACACAAGACUUGACUGCCAAACUCCGAAAAGCUGUGGAGAAGGGAGAUGAAGCUGCGUUUUCAGAUCUUAUUUGGAAUAACCCACGCUAUCUAAUUGGUUCUGGGGACAACCCAACAGUAGUACAGGAAGGAUGUAGGUACAAUGUCAUGCACGUGGCCACCAAAGAGAAUCAGGCUCGUAUCUGCCAGUUGAUUUUAGACACUUUGGAAAAUCCUGAAUUUAUGCGGCUUAUGUACCCUGAUGAUGAUGAUGUCAUGCUGCAGGAUCGUAUUCGAUAUAUUGUUGACCUUUAUCUUAACACUCCUGACAAAACGGGAAAUGAUACUCCUUUGCAUUUUGCUUGCAAAUUUGGGAAUGCAGAUGUGGUCAAUGUACUUUCUUCACACCCUGAUGUUAUAAAAAAUCCUAGAAAUAAAUAUUUACAAACUCCUGAAGAUGUAAUUUGUGAAAGAAGUAAAAACAAAUCUGUAGAACUAAAGGAGCGAAUCAGAGAAUAUCUAAAAGGUCAUUAUUAUGUUCCACUCCUGAGGGCAGAAGACAAUUCUUCUCCUGUGAUUGGUGACCUAUGGUCUCCAGAUCAGGGAGAUGGUCGUCCUCACAUAUCAACAUCUAGAUUUGGGAGUAGCCCAAAAGAUCCUGUUCUGAGUGUGAGAGCUUUUGCAGGGCCAUUAAGUCCAUCUAAGGCAGAAGAUUUUCGAAGACGUUGGAAGACUCCACCUCGAGAGAGAGCUGACUUCUUUCAUAAUGUCAGGAAAUCUGAUCCAGAAAGAGGUGUUGAAAGAGUAGGAAGGGAGUUAGCCCAUGAGCUGGGAUAUCCAUGGGUUGAAUACUGGGAAUUCUUGGACUGUUUUGUUGAUCUGUCUUCCCAGGAAGGCCUUCGAAAAUUAGAAGAAUAUCUGGGGCAACUUGAAAUGAGCAAGAUGGGCCACCAAGAAACAGGAGAAAAUGAAACCCCCAACAGAUCUAAAAUUUAUAAUACUUCUGGCAGGAGUAAAAAAUGCAGUAACUCCAUUUCUGUGGGAGCAUUUCUAGAAGAAGAAGAUGUCAUAAGCCUAGAAGAAAUUAAAAAUAGACAAAAUGCAGCACGGAAAACCUGCCAGCCACUUAUUCCCCAAGAACCUGCCAGUGGUAUUUCUGGAGAUUCACCAGGUGAUAUUCUCUCUAUGGAGCACACAGUAAAAGUAAUAGACACAUCAGGCCUGCCUGAGAGACAUGAUGAGAAGGGGAUCUCUUCCAGCAGAAAUGGGUUUUGCAGUCCUAAAGACAGGCUCAUCUGCAGGGAAAAGCAGAAGUUACAAUGUGGGAAAGAGAGCUUUCUUUCACCUGUCUCCAAUUUGAUGACAGAAUUUGACAAACUAAAUUUGCAAGACGAAGGAGAUAGGUUUUUCAAGAAAACAAACCAAGUCAUGGGCAAAAAUGAAGAUGAGAGGAUUCUGACUUCAAGAAUGAUUCAAGUCAAAAUUUCCAAAGACCAGGUAGAUAAAGCCUGUGCAAAUCAGAUAAAGGAAAGCUCCUUGUCAGAAAAAGAUGCUAAUCUGGUAGGCAAGUGUGGAAAUGGCAAAAUAAGGACAGGAAAAGGAAUGUCGCCUGAAUUUGAUAGAUUGAUUUUGGAUUCCAGUGCUCCCGAUGGAGGAUCACAGCUUUGUAGCCAGGCUCAAUUGCAGUAUGAUUCUUCUCUUUUAUCUUCGGAGUCUCCUUCUCCAAGGCUGUUUUCGAAGAUUCCAUUUGAAAGAGCCAAGAGAUUCUUCCUUCAAGGGGAAGAGCCAUCCAAAUUGGACCGGGAUGUUUUAGCAGCUAUAGAGCGUGUAGACAUUGACCCUCAAAAAUACCCUGCUAUCAGCAAGUGGAAGAAUACUGUUCAGUCCUUUUCUACUUUAGAAAGGCAAAGCUGGCCAAGUCCGGCAUUGAAAGGAAAAUUCAGAUCCCAGUGUUCAACUUUAGGUUCACCUCGAAGUUCUUUGUGUUCCAGCCCUAGAAGAGGGAGCCCAGGGAAAUACAGCAAUUCUACAUGUUCACUUGGUUUGGGGAGCCCUGGUCGGUACAGCCCUGCAUAUGCAAACCUGCUGUUAAAGUUAGGUCACCCUGCAGAGCCACCUACCCUCUAGAAGAUGGAUCUUUCUUCUGGGGACCCCAUUUAAUUUUUCUUUUGUUCUUGUUUGUUUGUUUGUUUAAAAGUAGGGAGGCACAUAGAUGAAAGUUUUGUUGAAUUUAACACAAGAGAAUGUAUUCUGGUUAUUUAUUAAUCCUCAUUUGAAGAGGACAUAUGUAUAAUUUUUUUAAUGCAAA